GUGAGCUUGGACUCCUUCAUGACUGUGGGACCCUCGUCUGGGACUUGGGGGAGGUCAUUGUGCCCUCUCUAGGUAGGUAGCAUUUCCAGGUGUGUGGGGUGGAGUACCAGCAGCAUGUGCUCUGGGCCUUGGAAGUGGGACCUUUUCAGGCCAGAAAUGGAGAAGAGAUGGAAGGUGGCACCAUGGUCACUCCCAGCCUGCGACAGGCCAGGUCUUAAACCCUAGUGUCCCCAACCCACUCCCAUGUAUUGCACCAGGUCCCUGCUGCCUCAGGAAGGAACCUUCCAGGUCCCAAGGCCCAGCCUCUUGCUCUUGGUCAAGAGGCAUAGCUGUUGCUGAGCCGUGUGACAGUCAUGGCACAACCGUGGCAUUGCAGGUCAUAUGGCCAAGCUGCAAUGUGUCUGCUGAAGCCCAGGUCCUGGAAGGCAGCAGUUGGGGCUGUGGGCCAGGCCAGAGCUCUUCCUGCCACUGAGUCGUGUCUCCCCCCGCGCCCCCCCCCCAGCUGUUCUCACUCAGCAGGGGUCAUGCAGACCUUCACACGGGGGUGGCCUUGCUGCAGAAUCAAUCAUGACUCUCCUGAAACCUGUCUUCUCUGAGAGGCCCUGGCCACCCUGUCUAACGUCCUGGGUUCCCCGUCUUGGUCCCACCUGGCUAUUGCAUGCUCUGCGUGACCCACACCCUAUCUUGUCCCGUGCAGGUAAGGUGCCAGGUGACGAUUGUCCGCUGGUCUGGGGCCAAUGCUCCCACUGCUUCCACAUGCACUGCAUCCUCAAGUGGCUGAAUGCGCAGCAGGUGCAGCAGCACUGCCCCAUGUGUCGCCAAGAAUGGAAGUUCAAGGAAUGAGUGGCCUGCACACUGGAGCCCAGCGGCCAAGACGGGGUGAAGCAAGGACUGGAGCUAUGUUGUUUUUGCAGUCACGGUGUUGACACUUUUAUCUAAUAACUAAAACUCAUUAAACUGCCUGAACCUUGCUA